UAAUUAUAAAAUCUGUAUUAAUUUUUAGAUUAAUGAUAUGAAAAUGUACCACAUCUAUAUUCAUUGCAUCGUAAAAAUGUUGUCGUCAUCUCAUGAAAAUAAUGGAAGUUAAUCACAACUUUUCAAAGUAUAAGAUCCGUUAUAGCACUGAACCCAGGUAAUACUCUGGUUGCAGUAUAGUUACUAAUGUAUUAGUUACCAAUGAAUUGAUAUCGGAUUUCAAGAAUUGCAAUCACUAAAAUAUAGGGCUGUGAAAUGAUUACAAUUUUUAAUCACAUUAAUCACAGGUUUCUAUGGAUUAAUCAUGAUUAAUCACAUUACCGAUUUUCUCGGAAUAUUUUUGUGAAAACAAGAUUUAUGACAUUUAACUUUUCUUUUGUGCUGCAACUCAGCAGUUCUUCAGCAGUUAUCAUUGCUUUUCCAUAUGGAACAUUAAUAUAAUCUUCAUCCUAAACAAUAUUCGGGCUCCUUAGCCAUUGUGUGGUUGAAUAAAACUUUUUUUUUUUAAAUCAAACAGAAAUUAUUUGAGCUUCUUAGCCAUAGGAUGGUUGACAUUUUUUAUAUUUUUUGUCACACAACCAUUAACCACACCAUGAUACAAUCUAAUGCCUCUAAAGGCCCUCUUAGCUACUCGUUCUUUAGCCAGUUGGUGAGGCAAACUAACUUGUUCAAAUUCUCUGACAGUAAAGCUGACCGCUUCUUUUGCACAAUGUGUCCUGCGAGUGAGUCUGGUUUGUCGCAUUCCACUUGAACGCCCCUCGCCGACCAACACAUGCUUCGCGUUGCGGUGGUUAGGCGGGUAUUGCUACGGUGAAACGAUAAUGUCUUCUCGCAGAGUGUGCAUAUCACCUUGGUUUUACUGAAUGUUCGAUCUUUGUUUUUUUGGAACACGAUCUUCCCGUCCAGAAGGUCCUCAGGUUCAUCAGAAUUAAUUAUCCAUGUUGUUUGUUUGUUUGAAUGGCAGCUGCCGUCUGACUGCAUUAGAGCGGCAACUAGUGCAGAGGCGGCGGAAUUGGAAGGUCCUUCUGCGCAUGCGUUAAAUGCGUUAAAAAGAAAAACGAAUUAAUCCUGUAAUUUAAUCAUAACGUGUUAACGCGUUAUUUUUCACAGCUCUACUAAAAUAACAUUGAAGUUGAUUCUGAUGUCAGCGGAGUUUAACAUACAUUUAUCUGACACACUGCUGUAUUCCUAUUAUAUACCAGCAGGUGGUGUUGUGAACAUGGCAAAUUGGAUCUCUAAUGCAAACUGUGCAUAUUUGGGUUUGAAGCAACUUCAUUCAAUAAAUUAAAAACAGAGCAAGUUCAUGUAAGGUUGCUCUAUGAGAGGGCAAGUGAUGUCAGAACAUGACACUCUCCAUGUCUCAUCGUUAAAGAGACAAACUGCUUGUGUGUAUUUAACCCAGUUUUGAACUUUGUGUGUUUCUGAAUUUGGUAUCAGUUAACAAGCCAUCCGGCUAAAGGCCUCAUUCUUCUUUAAAUCCUCACUGAGCUUCACACCAGCAGUGACCUUUGGUGUUUCUGUAACAACAGGACACUCAGUCAUGUGGAAAACACAACAGAGCAGCCCGGGCCAGGCCUCAUGCACAGGGGACAGAGAGGGAGGAGGGUGGAGGCUGGAGGCUGGCUCCAUUUCCUACCUCAGCAACAAUGGAUCAAACAGCAGGAAACAGGACUCUUGAAUUGUUGAAAUCUCCAAUUACAGGAAAGCAGAUCUCCUCAGCAGGUCCUCAACGUCAGCAGCAGGAAUUUAGAAUCAUGCGGGAAUGUCUCUCUGUCCAUGUUGGUCAGGCCGGUGUCCAGAUGGGCAAUGCAUGCUGGGAGCUGUACUGCCUUGAGCACGGCAUCCAGCCGGACGGUCAGAUGCCCAGCGACAAGACCAUCGGAGGAGGAGACGACUCCUUCAACACCUUCUUCAGUGAGACUGGAGCUGGCAAACAUGUUCCCAGAGCUGUCUUUGUGGACCUGGAGCCAACUGUCAUUGAUGAGGUCCGCACAGGCACCUACCGCCAGCUCUUCCAUCCUGAGCAGCUGAUCACUGGAAAAGAGGACGCAGCCAAUAACUAUGCUCGGGGUCACUACACCAUCGGGAAAGAGGUCAUUGACCUGGUGCUGGACAGGAUCCGUAAACUGGCUGACCAGUGCACAGGACUCCAGGGGUUCCUCAUCUUCCACUCCUUUGGAGGAGGAACCGGCUCAGGCUUCACCUCUCUGCUGAUGGAGCGUCUCUCUGUCGACUAUGGCAAAAAGUCCAAGCUGGAGUUUGCGGUUUAUCCAGCUCCUCAGGUGUCCACUGCCGUGGUGGAGCCCUACAACUCCAUCCUGACCACCCACACCACCCUGGAGCACUCUGACUGCGCCUUCAUGGUAGACAAUGAGGCUAUCUAUGACAUCUGCCGCAGGAACCUGGACAUCGAGCGCCCCUCCUACACCAACCUCAACAGGCUGAUUGGACAGAUCGUCUCCUCCAUCACUGCCUCCCUGCGAUUCGAUGGUGCCCUGAACGUCGACCUGACAGAGUUCCAGACCAACUUGGUGCCCUACCCUCGUAUCCACUUCCCUCUGGCCACCUACGCUCCAGUUAUCUCUGCAGAGAAGGCCUAUCACGAGCAGCUCUCUGUAUCACAGAUCACCAAUGCCUGCUUCGAGCCAGCCAAUCAGAUGGUGAAAUGCGACCCUCGUCACGGCAAGUACAUGGCCUGCUGCCUCCUGUACCGUGGAGACGUGGUGCCCAAAGACGUGAACACGGCCAUCGCCACCAUCAAGACCAAGCGUACCAUCCAGUUUGUGGACUGGUGUCCCACAGGCUUCAAGGUGGGCAUUAACUACCAGCCACCGACUGUGGUUCCUGGUGGAGACCUGGCCAAGGUGCAGAGGGCCGUGUGCAUGCUGAGCAACACCACCGCCAUCGCAGAGGCCUGGGCUCGCCUGGACCACAAGUUCGACCUCAUGUACGCCAAGAGGGCCUUCGUCCACUGGUACGUCGGAGAGGGCAUGGAGGAGGGAGAGUUCUCUGAGGCCAGAGAGGACAUGGCCGCCCUGGAGAAGGAUUACGAAGAGGUCGGAACCGACACCGUCGGCGAUGAAGAUGAAGGAGAGGAGUAUUAAAUCACUCAUCGAUGCCCACGUCCAGAAAACAGACCUUCACCCAAACCUGUAACGUGGCCAUCUAAACCAUCAGUCAAGAGGGAGAGGAAUAUUUAAAUUUGAAAUAAACAAAUAGAACCAUUCUCUGGUAACGUACGAUCAUUUCCCUCAAAAUACGAUAAUUUUAAGCUUCCUGUACGAUACUUCAACAUUUCCCAACUGUCAAUGCUGUUUGGAGGAGAGAGAGACAGUGGUCUGAGAAGAGGAGGUAAACUGAUGCAGUCCUUGUUUCUUGUAAUAUCAUGACAGUAAAAACAAUCUAAAAGAGAA